AAAGGAUUGCUUAGGGAAUCCAUGGAAGAUGCCCUUGGAGAAGGAGGUAAUGUCAAUACAAUGGCCCAAUUGAGCAAUGCUAGGGCUGAAGGUGGAGGCUAUUUGGGCGAUGCCUGGAAUGGUCUGAGCGACAAUAGGGAUGUUCUGGUGAUGCCAGGAGCAGCACUAGGAUGGUCAGCCAAUGCUAGGAACUGUAUUCGUAAAGAGCUGGGCAGAGCCCUUGGUGAUGCUAGGGCAACAUCGUUGGUAGGAGCAGGCAACUGGUGUAGGCAGGCUAGCGCUGGCAUAGGUGCGAGUGCUAGGCGCUAG